AAUCGCCAGAAUCUGAGAAAUAAAUGAACGCGGUUUUAGAACCGGCCACAUUCCCAGUAAAUGUUCUUGCCUUUUCUUGGAAAAUGACGAGAAUACUUCUACUUCAGACAGCGCAGAAUAAAGCACACCGCCGUGAUUGCGAAGUCAUUGCUUUGAGCUUGAGCUUGAGUUCGUGCAUUAAGUGUUUGUCUUCUCCUCCAUUUCCGUGCUACUUUUGUACCCUUUGUUCAGCAACCAAAUCCUUCCAUAUCCAGACACUUUCCCAGUUCUUGAAAAGCUCCGCAGAAGGAAAGGAAAUCAUGUCGCCGCAGAAGAGAGGUUUGCCUUCCACUUCUUCAGGUCAAGCAAGUCUGCUCAGAAGGCCGCGCACCGCUCGAACGAAUCAAACAUGGCGUCGGUCUGGGAGGAAUCUUGUGCAAAGGAGCUGGUAUAUGGAGCAGGUUGUCCGGAGAGUGGUCAGAGAAGAGCUGGAGCGUGCUGAAAAAUCUCGCUUGGCCGAAUAUUGUCAAAGUUGCACUGGGAAUGGUCUCGAAGAUCUAGUGCGCUCAUUGGAGAAUACUGUUCAGAAACUGGUAAGUUAAACUGUGUUUAUAAAAUUUCCACUUUGUCUCAAACAUAUCUCCAUCAACACUUAAUAUAUGAG